UCUUCAAAAGGCAACAAUGGGGGUCCAGAUGCUGUCUACCAAGCUGAUAAAACCAUCAUCUCCAACGCCAUCCCACCUCCGGACCUUGAAACUAUCCCCUAUUGACCAACUAUUUACAUAUACAGCCAAGCCGUCUACUAGUUAUCACUACUCUGCCGACAGCAGCAGCAGCAGCAGCAGCAGAAGUGAAGAUGUUGAAAGACGAGCCCGCUUGGAGACAUCACUGUCAGAGACCCUAACUCGUUUUUACCCGCUAGCCGGAAGAUACAUCAAAGAUGGUCACUCGGUUGAUUGUAACGACGAAGGGGCUGAGUAUUUGGAGGCCAAAGUAGAGGGCCAACUCAGUCAACUUCUAAGCAGGAGAGAUGAGAUGAUCUACCAACUGGUUCAUUUAUCAGGUGGACAAUCAACAAGUCCCAUAGCAUCGAUUCAGAUCACCAGGUUUGAUUGCGGAGGACUAGUCAUUGGAGUUCGCAUUCAUCACAUCGUUACUGAUGGAUUCACUGCGGCUAGCUUUGUCACCGCUUGGGCUACUGCAAGCAGAGAAGGCGUAGGUAAAUUAAUUUUUCCUACUUUCGGCUUGACUUCUUUCUUCCCGGAGAAUGAUUUACCUAUACUGAAGCCAAGGCCUCCCCCGAAAAUUUCUGAAACGAAUAAGGUCGUGACCAGGAGGUUUGUGUUUGAUGGGGCCAAAAUAUCGUCCCUCAAGGCCAGAGCUCAUGACCCCAGGUUCCAAAGGGAGCCUUCACGGGUGGCGGUGGUGACAGCCCUGAUAUGGAGAGCUCUCAUGGGUGUAAGCAAGGCAAAACAUGGACGCUUGAGGACUUCUCUAGCCUCCCAUAGCAUAAACUUGCGGCCAAAAAUCGUCCCACCAUUACCGCCCUUGUGCUGUGGAAACCUCACUACAAGGUAUAAAGCCAGAUUCAUGGCGGACGAUAGCAACGGGGAGUUGCCUGAUUUGAAGGAGUUGGUGGGUUUACUAAGAGAUGCCACAAAAUCCAAUGCAGCAAUGCCUCGCGAGGAUAUGUACUCGACGGUGAUAAAAUCCAGGAAUGAGUUACACGAAGAUAUGGAGGACGAAGAAGUAGAUGUGUUUCUGUUCAGUAGCUGGAGUAGGCUGUCUUUCCACGAAGCUGAUUUUGGUUGGGGGAAGCCUGUUUGGGUGAGUAAAAUUCAUUUUCCUGCUGACCAAAUUUUUCUGUUGGACGGUGAAGGUGGUGAUGGCAUUGACGCAUGGGUGGGGCUGAACCAACAAGACAUGCUUCAGCUCCAGCAAGAUGGCGACAUUUUGGCCUUCACUUGCUCUGUCUAGUUUUCCAUCUUGCUCUCCCUCUUUGUUUUAGGCGUGCGUUGUGCUUGUUUUCCAAGUUGUCUAGAUUUUGGGUGGAUGGAUCCGUGGUGUUUGGCUUUCCAUUUGAAAUAAGAAUAAAUAUGAUUUGAAUAUUAUUAAUUUAA